CACGUAUCGCCUGGAAACCAAGCGUAAAAUGAAUUCAAAGGCAGAAUAAGCUCCACCGUCAAAAAAGUAACAGGAAAAAAACUUUCUAACUUCAUUCGCCUGAUUCGGUGGCAGGCACUGGAGUCCAGCAUGCCGGCGAAGGAUGACUGCUGCACACCUUUUGGGGAUGGAGCCGAGGCUGACCUGCAGCAGCCACUGAUUCUGGAAAGGGUUGAGAAGCAACCGGAGAAGAAAUGGCAUACGGUUCUAUCAGAUCGGGUGAAGAAGCACUGCUCAUGCAGCCCGGAGAAGGUGAAAUCCAAAAUACUGGGCUUUGUCCCAAUUCUGAAGUGGCUGCCUCGCUACAAGCUCAGAGACUGGAUUCUCGGUGAUAUUAUGUCAGGAGUUAUCGUCGGGAUCCUGCUGGUUCCUCAGUCCAUAGCCUACUCCUUACUGGCUAAUCAGGACCCUAUAUAUGGUUUAUACACGUCUUUCUUCUCGUCGAUCAUUUAUGCCAUUUUGGGCUCCUCCAGGCACAUCUCUGUUGGAAUAUUUGGAGUUCUCUGUCUGCUUGUGGGUCAGGUUGUGGAUAGAGAAUUGGUUCUAGCAGGAUACUCCCCAGAGAGCAGCAUUGGUAAUAAUAGCAGCGAUACUUUGUUGGCCGUUCAGGGGAACAGCAGCAAUAUGGGAUGUGAUAGGAGCUGCUAUGCAAUCACAGUAGGAGCAACGGUCACCUUCACUGCGGGCAUUUACCAGGUGCUGAUGGGCCUUCUGCAGAUAGGCUUUGUCUCCGUCUACCUCUCCGACUCCCUCCUCAGUGGGUUUGCAACAGGGGCCUCCCUGACCAUCCUCACAUCCCAGAUCAAGUACCUCCUGGGCCUGAAGAUACCCCGGCCGCAGGGCUGGUUCACUCUGUUCAAGACCUGGUAUGCUCUGUUCAGCAACUUAGGAAAAACCAACAUCUGUGACCUAAUCACCAGCUUGGUAUGCUUGGCGGUCCUGAUCCCGUCAAAGGAGCUGAAUGAUCGAUUCAAAUCCAAGCUAAAGGCUCCGAUACCGUUUGAGCUCUUUGUUGUUAUCAUAGCAACCCUUGCCUCGCACUUUGGUCACUUUAAUAGUGAAUAUGGUUCAGGGGUCGCUGGAGACAUCCCUACAGGCUUCCUCCCUCCUCAGCUGCCAGCAUGGUCCCUGAUCCCUAAUGUAGCCGUCGAUGCCUUUUCCAUCGCCAUUGUGGGAUUUGCUAUCACCGUCUCUUUAUCUGAGAUGUUUGCCAAGAAACACGGCUACACAGUGGACGCCAAUCAGGAAAUGUACGCCAUUGGCUUCUGCAACAUCCUGCCCUCUUUCUUCCGCUGCUUCACGACAAGUGCUGCUUUGACGAAAACCCUCGUCAAAGAGUCAACGGGAUGCCAAACCCAGAUGUCAGGACUGGUCACGGCUGUUAUCCUGCUGCUGGUUCUUCUGGUUAUCGCUCCACUCUUCUAUUCCCUUCAGAAAUGUGUUUUAGCGGUUAUCAUCGUGGUGAACCUUCGUGGGGCCUUAAGGAAGUUCAGAGACAUUCCCCGGAUGUGGCGUGUAAACAGAAUCGAUGCUUCCAUCUGGCUGAUCACCAUGGCGACGUCAGCGCUGGUCAACACAGAGCUCGGGCUCCUGGUUGGGGUUUUGGUGUCGGCCUUCUUCGUCCUUGGCCGAACCCAGCAGGCCCAGGUCCUGCAGCUAGGCCGCGCCGCCACCAGGGAGCACUAUGAGAAUGUGUCGUCCUACCACGGCCUCCAGACCCAUUCUGGAGUGGCCGUUUUCAGAUACGGGGCCCCGAUUUACUAUGCCAACCAAAGCUUGUUCAAAAAGUCUCUUUACAAAUGUGCAAAUCUUAACCCCGUAAAGGAGAAAGUUCGGCGUUUAAAGUUCAUGAAGAACAAAAAGCAGGAGGAGCCUGGAGCAAAGUCUGAAGAAAAACUAAGCAGAGAGAACGAGCAGGAAGCUUCUGCCUCCAUAUCAGUGAUGCUGGAUGAAAACUCUACCAUAAACCUACGCAGCUUAGUAAUCGACUGUAGUGGCGUCUUGUUUUUAGACACGGCUGGAGUGAACGCCCUGAAAGAAGUACGCAAAGAUUUCAAGGAUCUUGCAGUUGAAGUAGUUUUAGCUCAAUGUAACACCUCAGUUCUGGACUCCCUGGAAAGAGGAGGUUACUACGACAACCAAAAAGAUGGAGAAGUAGGAAAAAACAACAUGCUGUUCUUUACCAUCACCGAUGCCGUCAACUAUGUCCAAAGCCUAAAUGUUCCUAAUGGAGACUGGGAAAACAAAUCUUGAAGAUGCAAUAACCCACAGAAGAACUUUGUUUACAUCUAUUUAAUAUCCAAUGAAAACAGAACCAAUCAGUAACUCAGUGAUGCCGACUUGCCUUAUAAUCCGUCUGCAGCAGAUGAAGUUCUGUGUUUCUGAAGUUGAUCAGAAAUAUUUAUUCCCAUUUGAGCAGGGUAAAUCAGUGUUUCAGACGGUUACUGGAAACUUUAGCUAGAAUGUUACCAUAAGCUCCUGUAUUUAUUUUUUAUUUUAUAAAUGAAUAAAACAAGUUGGAGUAUUUUAGGGCAAAAAUGAUGAAAUAUUUUUAUUAUAGUGUUAAUUAUGAAGAAAUAAUCUUAUUUUUAUGC